AUUCAUUCAUUCGUCAUGCUGCACACAAAGUUCCUAAUCGUUUUAGCAGUAGUAGUUGUUUUAAUGACAUUUAAAGGUGUUAAAAGUGCCACAGUAGAAAGUGAAAUUUUACAAUCGAAACAAUUGAAAAAACAUUUAGAAGUAUUAAAAGUUCAUCUGGAGGAUGCCAUUCAAAAGCUGGAUCAUAAUAUACAAGUGAGACAGGCUGAAUUUCUAUCGGAGGUACAAACCCCCGAUAAUGAAUACAUUGAAGCAGCACUUGGUAUGCAACGCAAUGAUUUUAUUGGAGCCGCAGCAAUACCACAAAUUCCAUUGCCAUCACAAACCAUGCGUAUCAAUCAAAACAGUGGUCUUAGACGUAAACGUUAAACAAGAAGAUGGGGCCAAACAAGUUUUCCAUGGUUUGACCUGUAUUUAACAUUAAAAAAAAUUCAAAUUAUGUCUAUGUUGUCUAGUAUGAGUAUUAUGUAAAAAUUUUAAUAUUAUAACUAAGUAGUAUUUAUUGAUAACACUUUGAAUUCAUUACAAAAUAAAUUUAAGCUUAUUAUAGUUGAAAAAAAAGUAAAACAAACUAAAUUCAA